GUAUCCCAGCGCGCCACGCUGUGCAACGUGAGGUACAUUGUGUUGGUGUUGGUGUUGUUUUCUAGUCAUCCCUCGCUCUCUCGGACACCUGUCCCUCACGCACUCACCCCGCCCUCCACCUACGCAACCACACACGUUCUUCUUUGCGAUUGGAUCGUCGUAGAACGCUGCGGAGGUGAGAGCGAAAGGAUCGAGGCACCGCGUCUAUCGUGAUCCGCCGCACACGCAGCAAAAACCCGCGUCGCUACUCUCGCUGUUAUCGUUCUCAAAUCAGCGUACACUCAAGGCGAAGGACAAACACACAAAAGAUUCGUAGAACUUUUAAAAAAUAUAUAUUUUUUCUUUGAUUGUUUUGUUUCUAUCAUCCCUAGACCGUUCUCUUCCUCCUGUUACUGCAGCAUAUAUAUUUGUUGGUUUGCUCUCCUUCUUUCUUCCGCCUCCUCGCACGUAGACGUUUUCGUUGUGGCUCGGAGACAAUUCAAUCAGUACGGUGCGCAUUACACACACACGCGGUGGCCACGCCAAAGCGAUGCGGACGAGGUUCUGGCAGGUGUUGGUGCUCGGCGCCGUCGUGGCGGUCACCGCCCUCUCCUGCACUGCACUGGCGGUCACGGAUGCCUCCUACACCACCGUCACCCUCGCCGGUCGCAUCUCGCAAGAUCACGAGGGCGUCUUCGGCGUUAACAGCAUCCUCGCACCGAGCUCCCUGUGCGGCGGCUACGACCCCCUCAACGCGGACAGCGUCAUCAUGGUCGGCGCCGCCAACUACAUGUUCACCCUCAACCGCUACUCCACGCAGCUGAACUUCUUCUUUGGCAACCCCAACGCCAGCGGCUCCACGGUAGACUGGACGACGGCGACGAGCGCUCCCUUCGGUACCAUCCGCCUGAGCAGCCCCAUCUACGCCUGCGUCACGACCCCCCGCACGGCCUCGAACUCAACCAUCUUCUACGUGUCGAAUGACCGCUACCUGUACCGGGCAGAUCCGGACACCCAACUCAUCUACGCCACGGCGAUCGCAGAGGACCCGGCGACGGAGUACAUGUGGGACCUCGCCCUGUACAACAACAAGAUUUACGUGCUGACGACGAACCGUGUCGUCUACGCCUGCGACUAUGUCAACGCCGUCACGUGCGUGAAGGUGAACAUCCGCGGUGACGCCGCCUUCAACGCCAUCGUGACCCCGACGCGUCCGAAGCUCGGUAUUGCGGUGUCGAGGGACGGCAUCUUCAUUGCCCCCGAGUCGAACCUGUACUGGUUCAGCCUCAGCGGGGUUAUGGUUGCCAAGACACCCGAUGCCGUCACGUACGUCGAUGUCAGCUUCACGCAAGAUCAGAACCCCUUGGCGAGGGCGGCGACGUCGCUCAUGGCGGCCUCGACGACGAACCUGUACAGCAUCGCGCUCGCCAACAACGCGCUGACGCCGACGCUGCUGACGACCACGGCGUACCCCGAUCCCCUCCAGCGCAUCUACCCGCUGACGCUCGACAACGUACUCAUUUCGCAGCCCACGCCGAACCUCGUGCGGUGGACCACCUACGACAACACGUCGGUGGCGUCGGCUUUUGAUCAGACCCCCUACCCGGUUGGCUUCGUCGACCAGUCCACGGUGGUACCGCUUCUCUUGUCGUACAUGAACUACGAGCUGGUGCAGGUCGCCGGCACGGUGCCCUACCCAAGCGUCGCCAUCAACGCGUCUACCCUGGCCGUCGACCCCCCGACCUGGACGACGGCCUUCGGCGUUGAUGUCUCGAAUCACUACUACACCCCCGACCUCGGCGCCGCGAUUCAGAACGCGUCCGCCAGUGGUGGCUACCCGCUGUCGAUGCGAGCCCUCCACAGCUACUACAACCGCACGAACGAAAUGAUCGGCGGUGACUACAACCUACUCCCCCUGUGCAACGUGACGAAGAUGACGAGCAUCCGCCACUCCCUCGCGGCCGACGUGCGCACGCUGCUGCGGUACCCGCUCAUCUACACCGGCGAGCCGAGGCCGUUCACCGUGAACGGGCAGCCGAAUCUGACGCUGAUCAAGCUGAUCAUGCCAUCCCCUUUCGGCACGUACCUGAACGAAUCCUCCUUUACCGCCAACGCGACAACGCCGCGGCUGCUCGCCACCUACGACGCCGCCACGAGGAUGGUCGUCUACACCCGCGUGAACUACCCGACCAGCCGCAUCUUCGACGCGCUCUUCCCCCUCUCCAGCUACCCCCGGUUUGCGUCGCUGACGGACGCGGAGAAGCAGACGCUGCGCUGGGCCGUGUACGCGGAUGUGAUGGCGCAGCUCGCGAAGUGUGCCGCCGCGGCUGGCGGGAGCAACAGCAGUGGCAGUAACGGGGGCGGGGACGGCAGCGGCGGCAACGGCGGCAGCGGCGACGGGGGAGAUGACAUGGUCCCUGGCUGUGUGCCACGUGUGGGCAUUGACAACAUGACGCAGUACGCGGUCCCGGGUGUGUCGCCGACACCCUUCAACUUCACCGUCUUCGUGCCGGAGGGGCUGUACAAGAAUUUCAACGUGACGAGCUGCCUGGAUGGCACGGACUGGACUAACGUGAACGAAUACAACAGCACUCUCACGCCCAAGAAGACGAAGUGCGGCACGGGCUGCAUUGUCGGGGUGGCCGUGGCGUCUGCCGUGGUGGCUGCGGUUCUCGUUGUCGUGAUUGUCAUUUUAACCUCGAAGCGGCGGCGCCUUGCGACGGUGAUCGUGCCGAUGUCGAACACGGAGCCGAAGUUCUCUAGCACGGUAGACGCCGACAGCAACUACGAGAGCGGAAACCCUCUAGCGUAUUAG